ACCUGGUUUUUGUUUGUUGUUUGAGGAAUGUCGUGGGUGGUACGAGAGUCGGUAGAUGAGGAUGUUCCAGAGCUUCUUGUUCUUAUGAAGGAACUAAUUGCUGCUCAUCAGUUUAAUCCCAUAAUUAUGAAAUCAAAGAAAGAAGAUUUGUUGAAAGAUGGGUUUGGUGAGCAUGAUGCAAAACAUUUUCACGUUUUCGUAGCAGAGCUGAAAACUGAAGCUGAGAGACGGAUUAUUGGAUAUGGCCUGUACAUUUUGCAUUAUUCUGGACUAGGAGGUAGGUUAAUCUACCUCAAGGAUCUCUACACUAAGAAGGAGUAUCAAACAAAGGGUAUUGGACGAGCACUGAUGGCAAAGAUUGCUGAAAUGGCAACUCGCUUGAAUUGCUUCAAGUUGGAAUGGCGCUGCCUAGAUAGCAAUGCUGGCGCUAUCACAUUUUAUAACAAUCUCAGAGCAAAGACAGUAGAAAAGGCUAAAGUAUUUUUAGCCUUUAUUGAAAAACAAGGCAUAGAGCAACUUGUAGUUAAAUCUGUUCAACUUCGUUCUGACAUCAAAAUCUGCUACGGAAUGGAAGAAGAUGUACCAGAGGUCAUGGGGCUUUUAAAGGAAUUGGCUGUGAUAAAAGGAGAUGAUCCAAACUGCAUCAAGUCUAAAACAGAUCUUAUUGAAGACGGAUUUUGUGAACCCAGACGCUUCUAUCUAGCUGUUGCAAAGGUGCAGUUGGAUGGUUCAGAUGAUGAAGAGCUGGUAGGAUUCAGUUCAUUUUCUUUCAGUUAUUCAACUAUACUUGCUGCAGGUCUAAUUGUUCAUGUAGAGGAUUUCUAUGUGAAGAAAACACACAAGGAUUCAGACAUUGAAACAGCUCUGAUUAAGAAAAUUGCUGAAUUUGCUAAAGAACACAGUUGCUGCAAAAUAUCAUUGAAGUAUGUACUGGAUGGCGCAGAAGCUCCUGCAUUUCUUGAAGGUCUUGAAGUAACACUAAUGCCAGACUGGACUUUUAUGUAUCUGGACAAGCCAGCGAUAGAAAAUCUUGUUGCAUGGCAACAUUGAGACUCCUGACAUAAUCCAGUGUUUACAUUCUGUUCUGCUUGUCUGUGUGAGACUCAGAUCAGCUUUAUUUGUUUUACUUUUGACAUUGACUCAUUUGUAUUGCAGCAGAGUUGAUAUUAUAAGAUGUGAUGUGUCGU